UCCACUCCACCCCCACACAAGAAGGAAAGAGAGCAAAAGCAUAGCGAAUAUGGUGCACUGUGUGGUCUUAGCAUAUCCAGCUCAAGGCUACCUUCUUCUAUUGCACUUAAAUCCAUUUCUGAUGGGUUUGACAACAGUGGGCUUGCUGAAGCAGGGAACUGGAAGGUCUACUUGGAACGUUUCUGGCAAGUAGGGCCAAAGACUCUUGCUGAGCUUCUUGAGAAACAUGAUAGAUCAGGUGACCCUGUUCAUUGUGUUGUUUAUAAUUCAUUCUUCCCUUGGGUUCUUGAGGUUGCUAAGAGAUUUGCGAUAGCUGGGGCUUCUUUCCUCACUCAAAAUAUGUUCGUUAAUAUAGAACCAUGCAUAACCUCCAUGAUUUUAAAUACGCGACUUACAGAUGAUGAUGAAGAAGAUGAUGGUCUUACACAAUUUAAGAGUGAAGAAUGCAUGAAAUGGUUAGAUGAUAAACCAAAACAAUCUGUUGUUUAUGUUUCUUUUGGAUCCAUGGCAGUACUCGACGAGGAGCAAAUAAGGGAAAUAGCAUAUGUUUUGAGAGAUAGUGAUCAAAGUUACUUUUUGUGGGUGGUGAAGGCCUCAGAAGAAACUAAGCUUCCCAAAGAUUUUGAAAAGAAGUCAGAGAAGGGUUUAGUAGUAGGGUGGUGCUCCCAACUAAAAGUCUUAGCUCAUGAAGCUAUAGGGUGUUUUGUAACACAUUGGGGUUGGAACUCCACAUUGGAAGCCUUGAGUUUAGGGGUUCCAAUGGUUGCAAUGCCAUAUUGGUUUGAUCAAAGUAUAAAUGCUAAGCUAAUUGUAGAUGUCUGGAAAAUGGGAAUUAGAGCUACAGUUGAUGAAAAAAAGAUUGUGAGAGGAGAAGUGUUGAAGUAUUGCAUAAUGGAAAAAAUGAAUAGUGAGAAAGGCAAAGAGGUGAAAGGCAACAUGGUGCAAUGGAAGGCUUUGGCUGCACGAUUUGUUAGUAAGGAAGGGAGUUCUCAUAAAAACAUUGCAGAAUUUGUGAAUAGUUUGUUCAAUUUACAAGCAGCGUGCAGGGAAUUGCAAAAUAAUUCUUGUUAAACCAGUUUAAAACCUUCUAUUUGUAGUAUUUUAUCAAUUUAAAAUUUAAUAAAAAAAUGUGAGUCUACAUCA